CUCUGAUGUAAGCAGCACACGCAGUGAAAGUUUGUUACUUCCAAAACACCAAACCCGUCUCCGCGACGUGCCGGAACUCCAUCGUCCCACAGCCGUCUGGCCUGCAAUGACCCAGCCGUUACUACGUCCCUGUCUCGUCAUUUAGCCUUCUCCCUGUCCGUGAGACAUUUCGCGUCCGCUGGCUGGACGUCGCAUUCUCUGACCAGAAUGGGUCUCUUUAGAUGGCUUGUCGACCACAUUGCGCCCAUCUUUCUCAUAACUUCGCCCAUUACCUCAUAUGCUGACCAGAUCUACUCCAUCCACAACACGCGGACAAGCUCCGGUUUCUCUCUCGACAUACCGCUCAUCAUGCUCCUCGCCUCUAUUCUCAAGGUGUACUACUGGCUAGGGGCGCGCUACGACAUUGCUCUCCUCGUACAAGCCGUUGUCAUGAUCCUCAUGCAGAUUCUGCUUCUGCACGUUGCCCUAACACAUCGCCCUCCCCUGCAGAUCCAUCAUACGCCUUUCAUGGACACCGCAGCACGUAUAGGCACAAUCUUUGAGAACAGACCGUACCAAUUCUGGCAGUGGCGAAAUGCAAAGGUGUACUGGCAAUUCUUGGCGUAUUUCACGCUGGCCUUAUUUGUGGGCCAGCUGUUGUUCAAUCGCAACGAGAGCCUCUAUUCCAGCUGGACUACCUUGCUCGGCUAUACGGCGCUGGCGAUCGAAGCGACGCUUCCCCUACCUCAGAUUAUGGCAAAUCAGCGGAGAAGGUGCUGCAAGGGCUUCAGACUCUCUGUUUUGGCAAAUUGGCUCAUUGGAGAUGCGUUCAAGAUGGUCUUUUUCUUCGUGAAGGAUAGCUCGGAUGUGCCCUGGGCGUUCAAACUCUGUGGUGUGUUCCAGGCAAUGUGUGAUUGCUAUCUUGGAGUUCAGUAUUACAUGUUUGGCGAUGGUGAGCCAGUCAUGGCUAGUCAUGACGGUGUUAUCAAAGCGAAAAUGAGCAUGGAUGCUCAGCCAGACAGACCCAACAGUGUGGGUAUUGAAAUGAACGGAUGGAAUGGAAAAUCAUAGAAAUAGAGAGCACCCUUGAUUUGAAUUAAUAAUGGCGAUUAGAUCAAUUCGAUGCCGAAAGGAAUUGAGUCACUUUUCUGGCUGGCAAGAGAACCUAAACUCGAGUAAAUGAACUUUGUGGCUUACUUUGGCCUAUCGUGGGGUGGAAACCUUCGUGACCCAUACUAUCUAUCAGCAUAGUCUGCAGUCGAAGUUGAUGGCAUUUAAGAGCAAUACUUAGCAAAACCUGCUGAACACGGUGGCUUUUCGCGUGAC